ACGUGGCUCUGCUGCCAUAUUGACGCUCGAGCGGAGCCAACAAUCACACAACUCCGAGAGGAAGCCGAGCGGCGGACAAGAAAGCCUCGUCGGAGAUUAAAAAACAAAUAAGCAUCCGAAAGAACAUCGAGUCGAGAGAGCCGGAGCAGCGUCGCCCCGCAGAGAGAGAGCAGACAUGGUGCUGUUGGCAGCGGCGGUGUGCACCAAGGCCGGCAAGGCCAUCGUGUCGCGUCAGUUCGUGGAGAUGACGCGGCCGCGCGUGGAGGGGCUGCUGGCCGCCUUCCCCAAGCUCAUGAACACGGGCAAGCAGCACACCUUCGUGGAGACGGACAGCGUGCGCUACGUGUACCAGCCGCUGGAGAAGCUGUACAUGCUGCUCAUCACCACCAAGAACAGCAACAUCCUGGAGGACCUGGAGACGCUCAGGCUCUUCUCACGCGUGAUCCCAGAGUACUGCCGCGUGCUGGAGGAGAGCGAGAUCUCGGAGCACUGCUUCGACCUGAUCUUCGCCUUCGACGAGAUCGUCGCCCUCGGUUACCGGGAGAACGUCAACCUGGCUCAGAUCCGCACCUUCACGGAGAUGGACUCCCACGAGGAGAAGGUGUUCCGCGCCGUGCGGGAGACUCAGGAGCGGGAGGCGAAGGCCGAGAUGAGGAGGAAGGCCAAGGAGCUGCAGCAGGCCCGGAGGGACGCCGAGCGCUCCGGGAAGAAGGUGCCGGCGUUCGGCGGCUUCGGCAACGCCGGCAUGAUCGGCGUCUCCUCGGGCUCCAUCAUCACGGACACCAUCGUGGAGCCCGAGAAGCCCAAGGUCACGGCGGCCGUGGUCAGACCCAGCGGACCCAGUAAAGCUCUGAAGCUCGGCGCCAAAGGGAAGGAGGUGGACAACUUCGUGGACAAGCUGAAGUCCGAGGGCGAGACCAUCAUGCCGAGCAGCGGCAAGAGGAGCUCGGAGGUUUCCAAAGCUCUGCCGCCGCCCGCCAACGUGGAGAGUGUUCAUCUGCGCGUGGAGGAGAAGAUCUCUCUGACCUGCGGCCGCGACGGCGGCAUCCAGAACAUGGAGCUGCUCGGCAUGGUGACGCUCCGGGUGACCGACGACAAGAGCGGCCGCAUCCGCCUCAUCAUCAACAACAACGACAACAAAGGGCUGCAGCUGCAGACGCAUCCCAACGUGGACAAGAAGUUGUUCACCACUGAGUCUGUGAUCGGCCUGAAGAACCCGGAGAAGUCGUUCCCGCUCAACAACGACGUCGGGGUCCUGAAGUGGAGACUACAGACCACCGACGAGGCCCUCAUACCUCUAACCAUAAACUGCUGGCCUUCAGAGAGCGUCAGCGGCUGUGACGUGAACAUCGAGUACGAGCUGCAGGAGGAGAGCCUGGAGCUCAACGACGUGGUCAUCAGCAUCCCCGUCCCCUCCGGUGUGGGCGCUCCGGUGAUCGGCGACCUGGACGGCGAGUACAAACACGACAGCCGGCGAAACCUGCUGGAGUGGAGCCUCCCCGUCAUCGACAUCAACAACAAGACGGGCAGCCUGGAGUUCAGCGUCGCCGGGCAACCCAACGACUUCUUCCCCAUCAACGUGUCCUUCGUGUCCAAGCGCAACUACUGCGACAUCCAGGUCACCAAGGCGACUCACGUAGACGGCGACGUGCCCAUUAGAUUCUCUUCAGAAACCUCCUUUGUUGUCGAAAAAUACGAAAUCCUGUAGAAAAUUAAAAUUACGAAUAAAUCAAAGAAAACAACAACAGCAAAAAUGUUUUUAAAAAAUCACCGACAACAAAAAUAAAAAAGUCCAAAAUGUACGCGUCAGAAAGGUUGAAGAUCGGCCUCCGAGACGGCGGACGGGACACGCCUCCUCCUGUGGUGGAGCACAGCGGCGCUGGUGUAUUUAUAUGUUUGUAUGAGAGGAGCGUCUAUAUAUAGCACACACACACACACAGGAGCAGAGCUGUACGGAGGAGGAAGACUGGGGGUUCUUCCUCCUCCGUUACGGGUUCUGUGCUUUCUUUUCCAUAAUGACGAGUCACUCUUUGAUCUAUUAAUCUUUCUCUUCUUUUUUGUAGACGUAACGCACGCCGAUAUAUUCCUCGGCGCUCGGUUAUGUUUUGUGUUUUUUCUGCAAAAUUGUCGUGACUCUUUAUUUUAUUUAAUAUUUUAUUUCCAUCGUUUAAUUUGCCAAUCUGGAUUUUUUUUUUUUUUUUUUAAAGAGAUUUGACUGAGGAAUUCUCAGCUGCAGGAAAAACAUUUGGCUGUAGAAUCUUUUUGUUCUUAUUUUGUCCGUUUUCUCGUUUCCUUCUGAUUGGUGGAGGGAAGAAGUCCUCCACGCAGCAGGCUCCGCCUCUCACGGCGUUCAGUCCAGAUUCAGGAUAAACCGCCUCCGGCCCAAGUGAAGCAGAGGCUCUUCGUCCUCGUCAUCCUCCACUUACAUUCUCAUCGACGUCACUCGAGAUAUCAAGUUUGGUUUUUCAUGUUUUUUUUGUUUUGUUCUUUUUCCUCAAAUGUUUGUGUGGCUGUGGGGUUGAAAAUGACAAUUGAGCAUUUUUAACUAAAUUACUGAAGGGGAAUCUUAACAUUCCAAGUGUACAAUUAGAAAAAAUGAAUCUUUAAUGGAAUAAAAUGUAUUAUUGAAAAGUC